AGUAUACCAAUUUCUCUCCUACUUGUUUACGAAGAGCAUUUUUAGUGUGAAUUUGGUAAUGAUCGGCCAGCGAUUUUUGUGUGUGUGAUUCAUCGGAGUUUAACGGCGAUGACUGGGCAGAAUAUCGUGGUGGAGUCAUCGGCGGUGAAUGAGAGAAAGGAACUAUCGAGGACGGCGACGGCGAUGACGACGAAGGAGGAUGAGAAACGAAGCGGAGGUGGAAAUCAGCAUAAGAGGAUAGGAGAAGUGGCCGGAGGGACGGCGGCGGAGUGUGCGAUGGUAUGUUGUUGUUGUCCGUGCACAGUGCUGCACUUUCUCCUACUUGCUCUGUACAAAGUUCCGACGGGACUUUGCCGGAAAGCAUGGAGGAAUAAGAAGCGGAAGAAGGUUUUGAAGAAGAAAAACAACAUCAAUACUUCUCCUGCUGUUUACUACACCGACGAUGAUAAGGAUUAUUUCGAUGGCGGCGGCAACGUAAACGGAGGAUCACCGAAAACAGCCGAAUUUGAAACGGAGAUGUGGCACCGAUUUUACGAUGGCGCUGGAUUUGGAAGGAGUUCAUCUCAAAAGGAAUUAGAAGAACAACAACAACAUCAAUGAUUCUCCCGGUGAUUACUAUAUCCACGUCGAUAAGGAUUGUUCCGAUGUAACCGGCGACGGCGAUAAUCAUGAUGGAGGAUUAUCGGAAACGGCCGAAUUCGAAACGGAGAUCUGGAUUUGGCAGGAGCUCAAACUGAACAACAAUAAGGAUUAUUCCGACGACGGCGAUGAUCAUGACGGAGGUUCACCGGAAACGGCCUGUUAUGGAAAUAGCAACUAAUUCAAGGACUGAUGAGAAAAAAAAAAGUCAGUAUCGUCAGCUGAAAAUCAAAUAA